AUGGCUGCCAUGGCAAGCACUGUGCGUGAAACCCUGCUCAUCUACUGGCUGAUCGGAGUUCCAGUCACGUACGGGGCUUACAUCAUCCGGAAUCCUAGAGGCUACCUCGAGGGUCCCCUGUUCGGACUGUCCGUGGUCGGGAUGAGCAUGAUGCCGGGUCUGACGCGCAAUCAUUACUGGUCGCGCCGCAUGCUCUGUUGGGACACCAUCUGCGCUCGCAUGCCCUGGAACGUCAUCAUCAUGUUGGGCUGCGUCAUGGCUCUCACCAGGGUCGUCGAGAAAUACCGGCUCGUGCAGACAUUGUUGGAACAAGUGGACGACCAGUUCUGGACGCGACGCUCGACCAAGGCGAACCAGUUCAUCCUGUCCAGCAUGGCGGCCCUGCUCUCCGAAAUGAUCGUGGGUGACACACUCGGCAACGUUCUCACGCCGGUCGUCGUGCGUGUGGUGAGCACGAGCGAGUGCUAUCAGCACGGAUUUGAUUUGGGCAACAGUUACAGGGACAGCGCUGUGGUGACCAACGCUCCCGCCGCGUUUUACGUGGUUCCCGUCAACCUGGCCGCCUCCAUCAACGUGAUGCUGCCCGUCUCGGUGCCGCUGCUAAUCAUGCGCGAAUACCUCAACUUCCAAUGCGCCAAAAUGGUUGCCUACGGUGUGUUCCUCAAGUGCACUGCUGUACUUCUCACGGUCGCCUCCAUGAACACACUGGGCACAAUCUUCUUCAGCAGCGAGGGGCUCUCCACCAACCAGGCCUCAGCACUCAGCACAGUCAACGCCACGCACGUUGUGACUGGCCCCAUGCAAUGAUCUUUUGCUAUCGCAGUGGCAUCUUCAAAGACCUGGCCAUGCGACAUGCAUAAUGCGGGCUUCACGCUGUCCGGUGCUUGCAAGCGCAACGUCGUGCUGCGUGUGUUAUGUAUUAAGUCAUCGCGCAAUCUUGCACCGU